AUUGGCGGAAAGACGCCCCUCGCGCUUGUACUGAGCGCGCGAAUGCACCCGCAUCUCUCUCGUCAGUCCUCUGUUAGCUGUUAGCCGUUAGCUUAGCGUCGCUCGGUCUUGUGUGCUUGAAACAACAUCGCCUGGCACACCACGGUAGGACCUCAGACACGACCCUUUGGAUCCGCGCAGCAAUUAACCGUGGUUUUUCAGCCACUUGAGAUACCUGCGAUGGCGGACAAGGAAGCUGGUGCAUAUGAUGAUGCAGUGGAGGAGAGAGUGACAAACGAGGAGUACAAGAUCUGGAAGAAAAACACCCCCUUCCUGUAUGACCUGGUUAUGACCCAUGCUCUGGAGUGGCCCAGCCUCACUGCUCAGUGGCUGCCUGAUGUCUCCAGGCCAGAGGGGAAGGAUUACAGUGUGCACCGGCUGGUGCUAGGCACUCAUACAUCUGACGAGCAGAAUCAUCUGGUCAUUGCCAGCGUCCAGCUGCCUAAUGAUGACGCCCAGUUGGAUGCUUCACAUUACGAUAGUGAAAAAGGAGCAGAGUUUGGAGGCUUCGGCUCAGUGACUGGCAAGAUCGAGAUAGAAAUCAAGAUAAACCAUGAAGGAGAGGUUAACCGUGCCCGCUACAUGCCACAGAACCCCUGCAUCAUUGCCACCAAGACCCCCACUUCAGACGUGCUUGUGUUUGAUUACACCAAGCAUCCCUCCAAGCCAGAUGCUUCUGGAGAAUGUCGCCCUGAUCUGCGCCUCAGAGGUCACCAGAAAGAGGGCUAUGGUCUCUCCUGGAAUUCAAAUCUGUCUGGCUCUCUCCUUAGUGCGUCAGAUGACCAUACGAUCUGUCUGUGGGACAUAAGCGCUGUUCCAAAAGAGGGGAAGAUAGUUGAUGCGAAGACGAUAUUCACCGGUCAUACGGCUGUGGUGGAGGACGUCUCUUGGCACUUGCUUCACGAGUCACUCUUUGGAUCUGUCGCAGACGACCAGAAGCUCAUGAUUUGGGACACGCGUUCAAACUACACCUCCAAACCCAGCCAUGCUGUGGAUGCCCACACAGCAGAGGUCAACUGUUUGUCAUUCAACCCUUACAGCGAGUUCAUCCUUGCCACCGGCUCUGCAGACAAAACUGUGGCUCUUUGGGACUUGAGAAACCUGAAAUUGAAGCUGCAUUCCUUCGAGUCGCACAAGGACGAGAUCUUCCAGGUUCAGUGGUCACCUCAUAAUGAGACCAUAUUGGCAUCCAGUGGGACAGACCGUCGCCUCAAUGUCUGGGAUCUCAGUAAAAUUGGAGAGGAGCAGUCCCCAGAAGAUGCAGAGGAUGGCCCCCCUGAGCUGCUGUUCAUCCACGGAGGCCACACAGCCAAGAUCUCUGACUUCUCCUGGAACCCCAAUGAGCCAUGGGUCAUUUGCUCUGUGUCCGAAGACAACAUUAUGCAAGUGUGGCAAAUGGCGGAGAACAUCUACAACGACGAAGAUCCUGAGGGUGCAACAGAACCUGAAGCCUCAGCGUAACACCCCUCCCUGCUUUGUGUCUUUAACUGCAACCACAUCACAAACUGCCACCUCAAAAGUUCCAUGCAGCUACCUCCUCUUCCCCUGUUCUACUUCUUUACAGUAUCUCAGACAUCACUGUAAAUACAGGAAAGAGAGGAGUAAUCGACACCCUGGUCCCGUUUAGAAUACUCAAAGUGAAGCACUCUGUUUUUACUUGGUCAUUUAUUGCCUGGGGAAUUGCAGCCAUGCUUUUCGCUCUACAUAUGAAAGGUAUAUUUUUGUAAUCAAAUUGGCUUCCCCUUGUACACUGAAAUGUUUUAGCCAAUGUUUUUUCAAAAGUAAAUAUGCUUUUCUACAACUUAAACGGGUGAUACCGCUGACAGUACAAGACAAAUAGCCUUCUGUUGGAAGUGUUGUAGAAAAAGUAAUGUUUUAUGUCAAAUGCAGUCGCGCUUUGUGACAUAAUGAUUCAGCUCGGUCGCCAUCAAAUUGCUCUGACUUUCACACCAGGUGUUUCUUAACGGGGGGGAAUCCAUAGUAAGUCUGUGUUUGAAUUUGUCCACUUGUAGUCCCACAUCCCCUCACCAUAACCAUACAUUAAUCAUUUUAAUUGAAAUUAAUUUUUGUAUGUUCCAAGAUUUUUGCAGUUGUACAGUUGAUUUGUUAGUGUGUUCUUGAAUAAAAAUGUCGUUGUGUCCACUUGA